AUGGUUCGGUUCAAGGCCGAAAUUAUGGGGAAGAAUUUGGUGUGCACAGAAGAACGGAAAAUGCGGCCAACCGAAGCCAUAAUCACUCGAUUUCGAAUCUACGCGCAACGAUUGUACCUGGCUUGUGAAGAAAAAACACUCUUGCCACUCUCUGCAGUGACACCUGCCCCAAAGAAGAAGCAGAAGAUUGUUCUGCAGCAGUCACCAGUGUUGGCAAGACAUGAUGUUCAGCACCAGCAGCUGUUUUUGAUGCCAGAAAAGGUAAAGAUGAAGCACCUGAACUCUAUGUUGCAUACGCUCAUCAUGACGCUUUGCUUCAGCAGCCAGCCUGGCCUCAUGAGUCGCCGACAGCAACGCCCGCAGAGCCGCGAUGACAGCAUCCUUGGCCUGGCUCGCACGGCGAAACGCUGCAUCCCCGAGACGCGCUUGUGUCCGCAGAGACUCCGACUUGGCGGCGCGCAUCGUGCGCCGCCAUUUGUCAUCCAGUCGCACGUCAUUCAGUCGACGGAGCUCCUCUUCCUUUUCCAACUUGGUCUGAGGCGCGCGGUCCGAGUGUGUUCUCUUCUGUUUUUUUCUUUGGUUUGUGCUUUGUUUCAUGCUUUGAAGUGAUUGAAUGUCUUGGGGGGAGUUGGGUUGGGUGAGGAGGGGGUUUGGAUGUGGGAGUCUUGGUUGUGCCUUGUGAACGCUGAAAAGCAGCAAAUAAAGUUUUUCGUUCAUUCAUUCAUU